AUGGGCCAAGUUCUACCCACUCAUCGACUCGCCCACUCUCCCUACGGUGGUAUCGCACAACCGGCCGUCACACAAGCAAUCCGACUACUAUCCAAGGGCCCAUUUUCCGCCGAGCCUCACAUUGCGAUCCCCGAGAAGCAAAGUUGGAGUCUACAGAAUGUCUGUGUCGACCCAUUCUCCGAUCUCCACACAGCAUACACGACAGACGGAGAAGACUCUCAUCUAGCGCCGUCCGCUUACGCUUGCUACUCUUAUUCCUGGUUCCACAUCUUUCCUGAAGGAAAAAUCCACCAAGCACCCAAUAAGACAAUGCGCUACUUUAAAUGGGGUGUGGCUCGGCUUAUCCUGGAAGCCAGUGAAUGUCCUGAUGUCGUACCGAUGUGGGUAGAAGGCUUCGAUCAGGUCAUGCAUGAGAGUCGCGAGUUCCCGCGUUUUCUUCCGCGGCCAGGGAAGGAGGUCAGUGUGACAUUCGGCAAAAAGGUAGAUACCGAUGUUGUUUUUGGGGACAUGAGAAAGCAGUGGCAAGAGUUAAAAGCGAAAGUCGAAUCAGCCGCUCCCAAGACUCGGGACCAACCAUUAGGUGUGUUGAGCGACGAGUUGCUCUAUGGACAGGAAGCCGUUGAGCUGCGCAAGAAAGUCACUAGGAAAGUCCGGGACCUUGUGCUGGAAGUGCGACGAUCGCGAGGACUGCCAGACGAGGAUCCCAAGCAAAGUCUGGUGGAGACAUGGGUGCAGGAAGGCUCCAAACGGGAGGGAAAGAUGGAUGAUGAAUCAUGGGUUAGGGAUAUAUAA